AGCCCUGCGUCCUCCGGCGUCCGGGGCGGAGGAAAGGCGCGCUCUGUGGCGGCGGCGGCGGCGGCGGCAGCGACGGCAGCGACAGCAUCUUUAGCUGGACCGAGAGCGGGUGGCGCGGAGCCUACGUGCGAAGCAAGGCGAAAGAGCCGUUAGGGCGGUGCCCGCGCCUGUGAAGACCCCUCGGCGCGCACCGCGGCAGACCAAACCCGGGUCCCGGCUUCCGAGGCCCCGCCUCUCGAGUCUUGGGACUAAUCGGUUUGAGAGCGCGCGGUCCGGGGCCGCGAACUCUCCAAUUGCGGAGGGCGUCGGACACCGCCCAAUCCGGAGCAGACAGGUGCGAGGUCCGGGACGCAGAGACCAAUCACCAGCGGUUGCGGCCUGUUGGGGCCUGUCUCAGCCAAUGAGGAGGUCCGAGUGACAUCUUUGAUCACCAAUCGGGAGUGAGAGAGCGUUUGUGCUCGUCCGCCCUUCCGGCCCAAGCUCUAUUUACCAGGGGCGUGCAGCCCGCCUACCAAUCAGAGCGCAGCUGAGUGGCUAGGCAGCCAACCCCGGAGGAGCGGCCGGCCGACGUCCGCCGCACCCAAGAGUUGGGGAUGUCCUACAAACCCAUCGCCCCCGCCCCCAGCAGCACCCCGGGCUCCAGCACCCCUGGGCCCGGCACCCCAGUCCCUACAGCCGGAAGUGUCCCAUCACCGUCGGGCUCGGUGCCGGGAGCCGCUGCCCCUUUCAGACCACUCUUUAACGACUUUGGACCGCCCUCCAUGGGCUAUGUGCAGGCAAUGAAGCCACCCGGCGCCCAGGGUUCCCAGAGCACCUACACGGACUUGCUGUCGGUCAUAGAGGAGAUGGGCAAAGAGAUUCGGCCCACCUAUGCUGGCAGCAAGAGUGCCAUGGAGCGCCUGAAGAGAGGCAUCAUCCAUGCCCGGGCCCUAGUCAGAGAGUGCCUGGCAGAGACAGAGCGGAACGCCCGCACGUAACAGGAAGCACCUCCACCUCCGAGUCUGGACCUUUCCCGGCCACUGCAGGGCAUCUGCUUCUCCCUGGCCUUCACCCCGAGUUGCGCUUCCUGUCCUGUGUCCCUUGGUGGGUGCCCUCCAGGAACCAGGGGGUGGCUCUCACUCCAGUCGGCAGCACUAACUUGGGACCCCUGGAAUAGUUAGCAGCGAGGUCACUGUGAGUCCCGCCCAUGACCUGCCGUCAGUGUUGAUCCAGCUGGAGCUUUCUUCUUUCUGUGGCCCCCACCGCUCAGCACUUACCCAGGACUUCUCACCACUUUGUCCCAGACCCCUCCUCCCCGAGCAGGGCCUCAGAAGGCCUGUUACCUCCCUGCCUUGUCUCCUGGGCCAUAGCCUCUCUUUUCUGUGUGUCUUUUGCUAAACAUGCCCUUUUUGUAUAAAUAAAAGAUAAUUUGGAGUUGUU